AUGGACGGAAAUAUAUUUGAACAACCAUUGACAGCCGAGUCAUUGCAACAAAUUUUAACCUUUUUCAAGAAAAAUGGUUUAACGGAAUCCGAAGAAGCAUUGUCGAGAGAAGCUGCAACCGUUUUGCGUCUUUCGAAAGAUGGUGUCGAUGGCGAUACUAACAAUGACUCUAUCAUGCGCGAAUUUUCGACGCUUCUCAGUCAUAUUGAUUCUUCUUUUGAUAAUUUCCGAGCAGAACUAUCCGCUUUAAUAUUUCCGGUAUUUGCGCAUUUAUAUAUACAGCUUAUUGCCGAGGGUCGUAGUUUACAAGCGGCUUUAUUCGGAGAAAAAUUUUCUCGAUAUGUACCUUCAAUGUAUGAGGAACAGACAAAAUUGCUUACCCGCAUUUCUACUCAUAGCCAAGCUGUUAAUCAUGCAUUGGUUCAAGCUCUCACGAAGAAUCAGUUUGUUGUUCGCAUAUCAAAAUCAGCAAUCAAACAGCUGGAACCUUUUUUAACUCGAAAUAGUACUGUUCGAGAUGUGAUGCGAGAUCAUUUGCAUAUUGAAGCAAUUGAUGGUUCGCGAACAAAAUCUGCUACUGAAGCUAGCCUGGGAGGUAUUCUUGGUCAAGUCAGCAAGCAAGAAAGACGACACAAAAUGUUUUAUGGAACAAUAAAAGAAGAUUUCUCAACACAACUGGGCCUCGAAAAGAAACGACCGAAAAUUAAAGAAAGAAAUGAUAACAAAAAAAAGGACGCAAAUGGACCUUCACCUGAUCGAAUACCUCUGCCAAUAGCCAGUGAAAAGAGAUAUAUGAAAGAAUCGGGUAAAAAAAUGCGCAUUUCUGUUGACACACCGCCAUCUGUAUGCCUUUACACUGUGCUCAACUCUCCUGGUGGUCUUACAGCAUCUGAUGUUGCUGAAGACAGUGAAGCUUUGGCAUUGGGUUUUGGAAAUUCCAGAAUACAGGUUCAUGCAUUAAAUGAAGAAAAGUUUCGGCCAUACAAAAAAAUCGACCAGUUGGAAUUGAUAGAGCAAGAAUCUGAAGAUGCACUGGAUCAGGUUUACGAUGACUCAGAAGCAUCAACAUCGCUUAUUUUUCAAGGUCAUAACGGACCAGUUUACUCGUUAUCAUUUUCUCCUGAUAAACGCCUAUUGCUUUCAUCCUCACGAGAUGGAACAGUUCGUUUAUGGAGUCUCGCUGUCCGUAGUAAUGUUGUAGUAUACAAGCAUGCUGCACCAAUUUGGGAGGUGCAAUUCAGUCCACGUUCCUAUUACUUCGCGACUGGUAGUGCCGAUGGUGCUGCGAUGCUCUGGACAACUGAUCGAUUGCAACCGUUGCGCAUUUUUUCAGAUGCAUUGUCAGAUGUCACCUGCAUCGAUUUUCAUCCAAAUUGUAAUUAUUUCGCAGGUGGUAGUGAUGAUCGUUAUGUGCGUGUUUGGGAUGUAUUAUCUGGGACAUGUGUACGAUGUUUUGCAGGUCACAAAGGAUCUAUUCGAGGACUAAAGAUUUCGCCCUGUGGUCGAUAUCUGGCAUCAUUGGGAAGCGAAGGAUCUCUCGUUCUCUGGGAUAUGGCAUUACAAAAAAUGGUUUGCAUGCAGGAUGUCCCUGCACUUCCAUACCAGGUACCAGUAGAGUUCUCACGUGAUGGAGCAGCACUAACUGUUGCACGAGCCGAUUCAGCGUUGUCAUUUUAUUCUGUGGAUACGGUUACAGCUCAUUCAGGUUCACAGGAUCAUUUAAAUAAUGAUCCAAAGAUAAAUCCCAGCGGAUUUCAUCUGUAUUCAUACGCUACCAAAAACACAUCGAUCGUCGACUUGCAUUUCACGCGACGCAAUUUAGUUCUAGCUGUGGGCGCUUAUAGACAAUAA